UUCCAGCUGGAGAGCAAUCGAGUUUAGCUAUCCCAGAGAUAGAGCGGCGCAGGAAGUGGAUAAUAGAGUCGGCAACCGGGUGGAGGAUAGAGCGUACCGGAAGUAGAACAUAGAAUAGGCCCCGUGCUGGGAUAGAGCGGCGCCACUCGCCGGAAGUAGUGCAGUGGAGACUGGAGACGGCACAGGGUGGGGAUAGAGCGGCUACUAGAUGUAGAGCAGUAGAGUCGGACAUUGGGCGGGGACAGAGAGGCCCUUGGCGGACCUGGUUGGGGCGUCAUGUCUUAUGCCUAUCUUUUCAAAUACAUCAUCAUCGGGGACACUGGUGUCGGGAAAUCCUGUCUCCUGCUGCAGUUCACGGACAAGCGCUUCCAGCCCGUCCAUGACCUGACCAUCGGUGUGGAGUUCGGAGCUCGGAUGAUCAACAUUGAUAGCAAACAGAUCAAGCUGCAGAUCUGGGACACGGCCGGGCAGGAGUCUUUCCGUUCCAUCACCCGCUCCUACUACCGUGGUGCAGCCGGAGCGCUGCUGGUCUAUGACAUCACCAGGCGGGAGACCUUUAACCACCUGACCUCGUGGCUGGAGGACGCUCGGCAGCAUUCCAGCUCCAACAUGGUCAUCAUGCUUAUCGGUAACAAGAGUGACCUGGAGUCCCGGCGGGAUGUGCAGAAAGCAGAGGGAGAGGCCUUCGCUCGGGAACAUGGGCUGGUCUUCAUGGAGACCUCAGCCAAGACAUCCACCAACGUCGAGGAGGCCUUCAUUGACACAGCCAAGGAAAUCUACAGGAAGAUUCAGCAAGGGCUCUUUGAUGUCAACAACGAGGCGAAUGGCAUCAAGAUCGGGCCCCAGCAGCCGUCAGGCACAGCCCCUGGCGCCGGCUCUCGCCACAGCCCCCAAGGCUCAGGAGACAGCUCAGGCUGCUGUUGAGCCCCUCGUUGCGCACUCUGGUGCAUGCCAGUGCCCCUGGAGUGGGGUGAGGGGGUCAUCCUCUGCUCCCCUGGGACUGAGACCAGCCCACCCCGGUCCCUGGUGGGGAAGGUGGCUCCCUUCCUGAGCUGUGGAGGUGGGAGGGAGCUCAUGACUCCUGUCCCGACCCCAUAGAGAGGAACAGGUGUCCCCUGACUCAUGCCUGGGAGGUGGUUAAAGAUCCUGCCCGUGGUUCAACCCCCCCCCAAACAUUCCUUCUUGUAAGCUGGGGUGGGGGGCAGAGGCAGAGCCGGGUCUGGAAUCUCCCCUCGUCAGUGCCUUCUCGCUUCAGCUGCAUCUCUUGCUGCCCAGGCCCCAGCGAGACCCCCCGCAACCCUUCCCUGGGGCUUGUGGGUCCCAACUGGGGACCCCCCCACAUCCUGUUUGUGUGUUCCUGGCCAGGUGCCCAGCCCCCAUCCCUCAGCCUGUAUUGGCUUUUAUUGUGUACUCACUCUCUGUGGCUCCUCAUCUUAUUAAACGUAUGCAUGUCUGCAAUCUGCACUCACUGCAUCUCUGCUUAUGGAGCAGGGCACCAUGGUGUGGUCCUUCCUCUCCCAGAGCCCGGGAAAGAACCCAGGACUCCUGGCUCCCAGUGCCCACUGCUGUAACCUUCUAGGCUGCACCACUGAUGGGAGAUUUAUUCUCUUGUCAGCGUGGGCAGGACUCAGUUUUUCUAAGCUUUCUGGGGGCUUCAGGCACUGAGUUCCCCAUUCACUGGGCACCCAGUUCCCUUAGGGAGCUCUGAACAUCUGGGCCUCAAUGUCUCCGGCCGCAGGGGAAGCAUGCUGACAACACAGAGGUAUAGACACUGGUGAUGGGGCCAUAGACUGCGUUGAGUAACUGGUGCAGCUGGGGGAGCGUUUUACAGUCAGGACUGGGGUUUGCAAAGACCCCAACUCCCCUUGUCUCUCAGCUCAGGUCAGCGUCAUUCCCAGAGGGAACAGACAACCAUGUGCCCAGCUUCCAUUCUUGCCUCUCAGCUCUGGGGAAAGCUCCCUAAAGAUACCCCUUGGCCUCCUCCGAACCCUGUGUGCACUGCUGCAGGCAGCUGGAGGGCUGUGCUGGCCGGUGGCUAAGCACUGCCUACAUUCUACUAAGUCACCCCAUCUUACUUCACCCGCCUGCAGAGUUUGGAAGGUUUUUGGCCUUUAUCUGCAUGGGAACGUUGCACCGGUUACACCAGGGAUUUCAAACUCAAAUCACCACGAGGGCCACAUGAGGACUAGCACAUUAGCACGAGGGCUGCAUCACUGACACCCUCGCCCCCCACUGCCCCUGGCCCUGCCCCACUCCACCCUUUCCAUGAGGCCCUGCCCCUGCCCUGCCUCUUCCCACCCCUUCCCCGCCCCCAUUCCAACCCCUUCCCCAAAGUCCCCACCCCAACUCCGCCCCUGUCCCUGCCCUCCCUCUUCUCCGCCUCCUCCCCUGAGGAUGAGGCUCCCCGCUCCUCCCCCUUCCCUCCUGGAAAGCUAAGCGCUGCCAAACAGUUGUUUGGCGGAGGGAAGCGCCUGGAGGUAGGCGGAGGAGCGGGAAUGCGGCGCACUCGGGGGGAGCUUGGCGGCCACAGCAAAUAACUUGGGGGGGGAAUGGGGGGCAUGGGGAUUUUGGCAGGCCACAGCAACCCCUGGGUUACACGCUGAUUGGUUUGAACCUGGCGCUGGACCAUGUUGGACGCUACAAUUCCUGUUCCCAAUUGUAAACUAAACUGAAAUAGGUAGGGUGACCAGAUGUCCUGUUUUUAUAGGGACAGCCCCUUUUUUGGGACUUUUUCUUAUAUAAGCGCCUAUUACCCCCCACACACACCCUGUUCCGUUUUUUCACAGUUCCUAUCUGGUCACCCUAGAAAUAAGCCACUUCUAAACCCAGAUGAGAGACAGUGCCAUGUUUUGUUCUGGCUUGGAUGUCUGUGUUGGAAUUCGCAGGUUGGCUGCGUUAGACUGAUGCAAUUUCCCCAUGUAGAUGAUACUUCAGGGGCUGUCUACUCAGAAAAGUUAAUCUGAAUUCACUUUUAAAGUAGAUUCCUUAAAGUGCAUUAAACCCCUGUGUGGACGCUUUUAUUAUUUAGAAUUAAAGUGAGCUGAAUACAGUUUAGCUUAAUUCAUUUUGGUUGUAAAUUAAAAUCAACUGAAUUAGCAUCACUUUAAUUCUGAAUAAGAGCAUCCAUACAGGGAUUUAAUCUGGUUUAAUGGCUCCAUUUUAAAUUCACCCCUUAGAUCGCAAGCUGCUUGAGGUGGGGACAGUUGGAUAUUCUGUGUCUCCUGGACCAAGUGGGCCCCCAACCUGCUGUGCUCUUUGUGUGCUACUGCUGUAUACCUGUUACUAGCAUAAUAGCCCUGGGGGGUGGGCUCAUUGGAUUUUGGACAAAAAUGUUUUGCUGAAAAAUAGGAUUCCACCUCUAUAAACAUAUAGAUUCCCCCCUUCCCAUAAACAUUUAACAAUUUAAAAUAUUUUGAAGGGGAAAAUAUUGCAAAUUUUUGGUUUGAAAUUGUGGGGAAAUGUCAACUUUCUCACAUUUUUAUUUUCUUGCUUUUUCUAUGGGGGGAAAAAGGAGUUUAAAAGGUUUUUAAAGUUGGAGAAUGGGAGGAAGAACCCCUUUAUUUCUCGUGUCUACAUUUUCCCAGUGAGAAAAAAACGUUUUAACAAAAAAAAGUGAUCAUUGUUCUACUUUUUUUUUUUUUUCCUCCAGUGAGGUAAAAAAGGAGAGAAAGGGAAUU